ACCUGGUUACGUGCGCUGGGGAAAUAAACUGGAGGGGGUGGAGAGAGCGCGCGAGACUGCAAUAUCAUUUGUGAAUCGCUCUCACAGUGCCGCAGAUAGGGGCUGCAAACGCACGCGGCGCUUAUGCAGGUGAGAAAGGGACGCUUGGAUUGAGAAUUGCGGGACACUAUGAAGAUUCUCUCGUAGGAAUUUCACAAUAUCUACAUCGGAAUUACAAUUGUCCGUGUUUGUUUCAUUUUUGUUAUUCCCUCGUGGUCAGAGGUUUUGUGCUGGGGAGUUUAUUUUGUAUUCAUUCCUCUCCCUAUUGCCUGUAACUGUGUGAACUAUAAAACACAGACUGCUUGUUAUAAGUGAGUGGAGGUAAAUGAAUCAGAGCGCUCGGAUUCUGCUUGGAUAAGCAACUGGACACACAAUCACUGCUUCUUCACUGCUUCAAGGUAAGAGGACGAGACCCUCCGUAAAGUAGGCUACUGUAUCACCACAACUUGGGAAUCUGUGUGGGCAUUCCAUUGCCACUACUCCGUAUUGGACAUAUCUUCGGACGGGGAAAUUAGGAUUUUGACCAUUUACAUCAUUUCUAUAUAAAUCUGGGAAGAUUUUUUUGUAACUGAAAAUACUUGGACUGAUUUUAAAUUUCAAUUAAAUAAGAUAGCGUUUCUCUUUACGCAUAAAAUAUUCGGAUUCCUAAUUAAUUCAUGGCCGGACUGAACGGACUGUUUCGAUUGUGUUUUGCCCAGUUUAUAUUGAAAGAAGGAAAGAAACAUUAAUUCGGUGGAAAAGGGGGAGAGGAGAGCCCGUCCACUUGCUCUUAUUCAGUGCAGUCGAAGCGGUGUGGGAAGACGUCCGGAGGAUGAAGUCUCACACCUCCUGAAAUGGAGGACUACAAAUAAUCUGAGAACGAAAAUUAUUGUUUUCCAAACAGUAUACCAGCAAGUAAACGACAUCCUAAUUUGAUUCAAGGCUUUAAAAUCCAUUCAUUACAUUGCGGGGAACAAUGAGGACUACUGGCGCAGUGGACUAUUUAUGCUACAGUAUACUCAUCCUGCAGCUGCUGAAUCAGCCUGCUGCUAAGCAAGUGCUCCGAUAUCGCUUGGCUGAGGAGGGACCCGCGGAUGUCAGGGUAGGGAACGUAGCCGUGGACCUCGGAAUCGUUGCCGGGUCUGGCGAGGUGACAUUUACCCUCGAGUCCGGAUCUGAUUUUUUCAAAAUAGAUAAUAUAACAGGCGAGCUGACCACCAAUGAACGGCGGAUAGACCGUGAAAAAUUACAGCAGUGUCAAAUGAUAUUUGAUGAAAACGAGUGUUUCAUAGAUUUUGAAGUGUCAGUAAUUGGACCGGCGCAGAGCUGGGUUGACCUGUUCGAGGGGAAAGUCAUUAUUUUAGAUAUAAAUGAUAACACCCCGUCUUUCCCAUCUCCCGUGCUGACCCUAUCGGUGGAGGAGAACAGGCCGAUUGGCACUCUCUAUCUUCUACCCACGGCCACAGACAGAGAUUUCGGUAGGAACGGAAUUGAGAGAUAUGAGCUUAUUCAAGACAGCGGGGAGAGCUCCAGGCGCCUGGGCUCCAGCUCAGGUGGUCGCGGGGCUGACAGGAGAUUCGACGAGGGGGCAGGCAGGAGCAGCGUCUUUGAACUGCAAGUUGCUGACACAACCGACGGGGAGAAGCAGCCGCAGCUCAUCAUUAAAGGGGCACUGGACAGGGAGCAGAGGGACUCGUAUGAGCUCACCCUGCGUGUUAGGGAUGGGGGCGAACCCCCACGCUCUUCCCAGGCCAUCCUGAGGGUGAUGAUCACUGAUGUGAAUGACAACAGCCCCCGCUUUGAGAAGGCUGUGUAUGAAGCUGACCUGCCGGAGAACAGCUCCCCUGGUGCCCCCAUUCUGCAGCUGAAAGCAGCUGACGCAGACGUUGGGGUGAACGGUCAGAUUGAGUAUGUAUUCGGCGCAGCCACAGAGUCAGUGCGUAGGCUAUUGAGGCUGGACGAGAGCUCUGGGUGGCUGAGCGUGCUCCAUCGUAUUGACCGCGAGGAGGUGAGCCAACUGCGCUUCACUGUGAUGGCGAGGGACCGAGGCCAGCCGCCCAAAAUGGACAAGGCCACCGUGGUUCUCAACAUCAAGGAUGAGAACGACAACGUGCCAGCUAUCGAGAUUCGUAAGAUUGGACGCAUCUUCCUGAAGGAUGGAGUGGCCAACGUGGCUGAGGAUGUAGUGGUGGACACGCCUAUAGCUUUGGUCCAGGUGUCAGACCGCGACCAGGGGGAGAACGGCAUCGUGACCUGCACCGUGGUGGGUGACGUGCCCUUCCAGCUCAAACCGGCCAGUGAGAUUGAGGGUGAGAUGAAUAAGAAGAAAUACUUCCUCCAUACAUCAGCGCCGCUGGACUACGAGGCCACACAGGAGUACAACGUGGUCAUCGUGGCGGUGGACUCAGGAAGCCCUAGCCUGGCCAGUAAUAACUCGCUCAUUGUAAAGGUGGGCGACUUCAACGACAACCCACCCAUCUUUAGCCAGAACGUGGUGGAGGUGUCCUUUCCAGAAAACAAUGCCCCCGGCGAGAGGGUGACCACUGUACAGGCCAUAGAUGCUGAUAGUGGCAAGAACGCAGAAAUCGCCUACUCCCUCGACUCCUCUGUGAAUGGGAUAUUCUCCAUUAAUGCCGACAACGGUGACAUCAGAGUAAACACCAUUCUGGACAGAGAACAAACAGAGAGGUACCAGUUCAAAGUGAUAGCUAAAGAUAAGGGCAUGCCCAUACUCCAGGGGUCAGCCACUGUGGUAGUCUUAGUGGCUGAUAAGAAUGACAAUGAGCCUAAAUUCAUGCAGGAUGUGUUCACCUUCUACGUCAAAGAGAACCUUACACCCAACAGCCCUGUUGGCAUGGUGACCGUCAUUGACGCCGACAAAGGCCAGAACGCAGAAAUGAGCCUCUUCAUCGAGGAAGAGGAGGAGAUCUUCUCCAUUGAGAACGACACAGGAACCAUUUUCUCCACCAUGUCGUUUGACCGCGAGCAGAAAACCACCUACACGUUCCGGGUCAAGGCUGUGGACAGCGGAGACCCACCCAGAUCAGCCACUGCCACCGUGUCACUCUUCGUGAUGGACGAGAACGACAACCCGCCGACCGUUACCUUCCCCAUCAAUAGCUCAUACACCCUCCUGCCCCCUUCCAGCAAUGUUAGGACUGUAGUACGAACUGUUAUGGCCACCGAUACCGACACAGGGAUCAACGCUGACCUAAACUACAGUAUCAUCGGGGGCAACCCUUUCAAACUGUUUGAGAUCGACGGGGGAAGUGGGGUCAUCUCACUGGUGGGGAAGCUGGAGCAGAAACACUAUGGCCUCCACAGACUGGUGGUCCAGGUGAACGACAGUGGCCAGCCCUCGCAGAGCACCACCACCAUGGUGCACGUCUAUGUCAACGAGACCCUCUCCAACUCCACCAUCGUUGAGGCCCAGGUGGCUAAGAGCCUGGGCACUCCGCUCAAUACCAACAUCGCCGGUGACCCCAACUACGACCUGGGCAAGCAGCGACUGAGCAUUGUCAUCGGCGUGGUGUCGGGCAUCAUGACGGUAAUCCUCAUCAUCCUCAUCGUGGUCAUGGCUCGCUACUGCCGCCCCAAGAACAAGAAUGGCUACGAGGCGGGCAAGAAGGACCACGAGGACUUCUUCACCCCUCAGCAGCAUGACAAGGGCAAGAAGCCCAAGAAGAACAAGAAGAACAAGCAGCCGUUGUACAGCAGCAUUGUCACCGUGGAGGCCUCCAAGCCCAACGGCCAGCGCUACGACGGUGUCAACGAGAAGCUGUCCGACAGCCCCGGGAUGGGCAGGUACCGCUCUGUUAACGGAGGGCCCGGAAGCCCGGAUUUGGCCCGGCACUACAAGUCCAGCUCGCCACUGCCCACGGUCCAGCUCCACCCCCAGUCGCCCACGGCCGGGAAAAAGCAUCAGGCUGUUCAGGACCUGCCCCCUGCCAACACCUUCGUUGGCACCGGAGAUAACAUUUCCCUUGGAUCUGACCACUGCUCCGAGUACAGCAGUCAAACCAUCAACAAGUACAACAAACAGCCGUUCCGCCGAGUGACCUUCUCGGUGGUGAGCCAACCCCAGGACCCACACCAGCAGGGAUCGCUGCAGAGCUGCUACGACAGCGGGCUGGAGGAGUCGGAGACGCCCAGCAGCAAGAGCUCUUCGGGGGGCCCCAGGCUGGGUGCAUUGCCCCUGCCCGAGGACAGCUACGAGAGGACCACGCCGGAUGGCAGUGUCGGUGAGGCAGAGCAUAUGGAAAAUGACACCCGGACCUUGCCUGACGUAGCCAUGACAGGCAAGUGCACCCGGGAAUGCGACGAGUACGGCCACUCGGACUCCUGCUGGAUGCCUGUGCGUACGUCGCCCGAGCGACGGCCCAAGACGACCACCACCCAACAACCAAAGCUUUCCACCUUCAUGACCAGUGGCGGUAGCGGCAGCAACCCUCCCGAGCAGCAACAACAGCAGCAUCCUGGCAGCCAGGAAGCCCUGGUCGCCAUGGCCAACGGAGACCCCUCCUCUCACGUGAUGCUGGGCAACGACCGCAACCGCAACUUGCUCAAUAAGAAGAUGGCCUCCUCCUCGUCCUCCUACGAAGCUUUCGGCUCGCCCAGCUUCAGCCCGCCGGGGGUCGAGGAGGGGGUGGUGGUGGGUCACCCCAUCGAGGAGAUCCCCCUGGCCCCCACCGGGGAAUACAAACCCUCAUCCUGUGGCACGCUCACCCGCCGGGAGGUCUACCUGUGAGGGGGGCGGUGGAGCUAGCGCCACGGUACGCAUGGUUCUAACAACAAACAACAACACCUAUAGUAGGCAACCACGACGACAACAACUGAAGACACUUUUUACUGUACCAGACCGACCUUAAAACUGAGCAGGAAAGGUCCAAGGAUAACCCUUCUCCAAGACAACCACAACCAUCAAAAACAACAACGUGAAACAAUGCUAAAAUCAACAUGGGAUACAAAAAGAAUCCCUUUUUGCAAUUCAGAUUCUGACCUUAUCUUGCAAGAGGAAGAGGAGGAUGGGGCUAUUGGUGGGACUUGAAGCGAGACAUUGGAUAACUGCUGCCGGCCGGCGAGUCGGGCCAAUGGGAACAUUACUGCUGCCUGAUGAUCACCACUGUACAAUUACCAACUCAUUUCCAUAAAACAUGCAUGCAUUAUCUCUCCCUGACCCCACCUCCCGAAGACUGUACUGUACAAAAAGAGGACCCCCCCCCCCCCCCCCCCCAUCUUUUUCUAGAACUUGAGUGUGACAAUGAAACGUGUGACAGAGGACCGAUGUCAUGCCUUUUGGGGACUUAGUGGCACAUCCACCCUGAUGCAAAUGUCAUAUACAUUCAAUAAUGUGUCACGUAACACAUGUCACGUGUCAUGACCCCCCCCCUGUGCUACCCACUCUUGAUCCCGUAAUUUCCACAGCUUAUGAUAUUAAGUUGCGUUCCUCCAAAACACAACCAAACAACAACAGACUGUGAAAGCUACUAGCAUGGCAUCAUAGAUCAUAACAUUUGGGAAAGACUAAGCUUUAACUUUCUGUCCUGUGGAUAAGAUGGUGCGUAUUGCCUCAUUCGUGGCAGAAUAUCAUUGACAAAUGGAGGAGUCAAUACGGUUGGCAAUGUCCUAGCCAUAGGAGUCCAUGAAACACAAAAUGUCCUAGCCAUGGGAGUCCAUGAAACACACAAUGUCCUAGCCAUGGGAGUCCAUGAAACACAAAAUGUCCUAGCCAUGGGAGUCCAUGAAACACACAAUGUCCUAGCCAUGGGAGUCCAUGAAACACACAAUGUCCUAGCCAUGGGAGUCCAUGAAACACACAAUGUCCUAGCCAUGGGAGUCCAUGAAACACACAAUGUCCUAGCCAUGGGAGUCCAUGAAACACACAAUGUCCAAGCCAUGGGAGUCCAUGAAACACACAAUGUCCUAGCCAUGGGAGUCCAUGAAACACACAAUGUCCUAGCCAUGGGAGUCCAUGAAACACAUAAUGUCCUAGCCAUGGGAGUCCAUGAAACACACAAUGUCCUAGCCAUGGGAGUCCAUGAAACACACAAUGUCCUAGCCAUGGGAGUCCAUGAAACACACAAUGUACGAUGAACUGAUGUCCAAGUAAUGCUUAUGUACGAGUGUGCUCACUUUGUCUCUCUCAUAGACACCAACACAAGUGUACGUUGUACAUAUACAUCGAUUCAGACCCUUUGACCUUUAACCUUUAACCUCUACCUUACUCUGCCUCUCUUUCUCUGUCUUUGGAUGGCCCGAGAGUUGAAGACUAAACCGCCCUUCCAGAUGUAAUUUUCUAUCUAGAGACAAUCUGAAUUGGUUGUCGUUCUUUGCUUGAAUUGCGUAAUAUGUGUACGCUGUUGUGCAUACUGUAUCACCCCCGGAAAAUAUUGAUUCCUAUUCAGAUGUAAGUUAUAAAGCUGAUUAUGGUUAUUCUCUUGCCCACACAGACAAGCAGACACAAAUCAACACACACAGCUAACAUGUCAUGGUUACACUGUAGGUGAGUUAGUUGAGGGGAAGUGCUGGGUAUGUCAGAGUGAAUAUACACACAGCUAACAUGUCAUGGUUACACUGUAGGUGAGUUAGUUGAGGGGAAGUGCUGGGUAUGUCAGAGUGAAUAUACACAGGCUAACAUGUCAUGGUUACACUGUAGGUGAGUUAGUUGAGGGGAAGUGCUGGGUAUGUCAGAGUGAAUAUACACACAGCUAACAUGUCAUGGUUACACUGUAGGUGAGUUAGUUGAGGGGAAGUGCUGGGUAUGUCAGAGUGAAUAUACACACAGCUAACAUGUCAUGGUUACACUGUAGGUGAGUUAGUUGAGGGGAAGUGCUGGGUAUGUCAGAGUGAAUAUACACACAGCUAACAUGUCAUGGUUACACUGUAGGUGAGUUAGUUGAGGGGAAGUGCUGGGUAUGUCAGAGUGAAUAUACACACAGCUAACAUGUCAUGGUUACACUUUAGGUGAGUUAGUUGAGGGGAAGUGCUGGGUUUGUCACAGUGAACAUACACACAGCUAACAUGUCAUGGUUACACUUUAGGUGAGUUAGUUGAGGGGAAGUGCUGGGUAUGUCAGAGUGAACAUACACACAGCUAACAUGUCAUGGUUACACUUUAGGUGAGUUAGUUGAGGGGAAGUGCUGGGUAUGUCACAGUGAACAUGACAGGGUAGGUUGAGCUGAACCAGAACAGUGAUGUGGUGAGGUUUUACCGUGACAUUUAUUUUGUGUUAGCGUGUGUGCUAGAUUGAACAGUACAUAAGGUACAUAACCCCUGACACAAACACACUAUCUAUCUAUCGCAUAAUAGUAAGCAUAGACAUACACUCUAAGUCCAUGUCCACCUUCCCAUAAAUGGAGAUGGCACUAAUGGCGGAAGUAGAUAUUUCAUAUUGACACAGACAGACAUCUUUUUGAGCAAGAAUGUAAGAAUCUGCUCAAUGAAGUACAAUCAGAAAUUCCUGCUGAUGUACAGUCAGAAAAAAGGGGUGUGAAAAUACAAUGGUUUAACAUUGUACCUUACAAGUUAGUAUGAAUGAGAAACCAAAACGUAGGGAAUACAAACUGGCAUCAGAGUAACUACAAUACCACAUAGAAAUAGCUUUCGGUAGCUAUGUUGCUUUAAAUACACACUUGUAAAUGUAUAGCGAGAGUAUGGGUUGAAUUGAACAAGGGCACGACAUGAAGGAGAAUAUCUGUUGUAGUUUGGACUGACACGACCAUAUACACACACACACACACACACACACACACACACACACACACACACACACACACAACACACACACACACACACACACACACACACACACACACACACACACACACA